GCGCGAAAUCUAAAACAACAAGCUGACAUCCUAGCAGCUGCCGCAACAUCCUAAGGAAUAUUUUAAAGAUCGUUUUAAAAAUAUUUAAUAAUUUUUGCGAAGAUGUCUUUUACUCCAAAAAGGCCAUGCCCAGACCCAAUGAACGACUCGAUGGAGAAGAGAAUAAAGCGGAUUUCUAUCGAGGGGAACAUCGCGGCAGGCAAAUCUACCUUUGUUCGCCUCUUGGAGCAGGAGAGCGCGGACUGGGAGGUGGUACCAGAGCCGAUCGCCAGGUGGUGCAAUGUUCAAACAACUGGCAGCGACUUUGAGGAGCUGACCGCAUCUCAGAGGAGUGGCGGGAACGUCCUGCAAAUGAUGUACGAGAAGCCAGGGCGGUGGGCUUACACUUUCCAGAGCUACGCCUGUAUCAGCCGGGUGCGUGCCCAGAUCAGAUCAGCCAACGGGAAGCUCAGAGAGGCUGAGAAUCCUGUGCAGUUCUUUGAGCGGUCCAUCUACAGUGACAGGUACAUCUUUGCAGCCAACCUAUAUGAGAGUGAUUGCAUGAAUGAGACCGAAUGGUCCGUCUACCAGGACUGGCAUGGGUGGCUGCACAACCAGUUUGGCAAACACAUUGAGCUGGAUGGCAUUAUCUACCUCAGAGCCUCACCAGAGAGAUGUUUAGAGCGGUUACACCUGAGAGGUAGAGAGGAAGAGCAAGACAUCCCUCCGGAGUACUUGGAGAAACUUCACUUCAAGCACGAGAGCUGGCUGCAGCACAAGACCCUGACCAUGGAGUUUGAGUAUCUCAAUGACGUGCCGGUCAUGACGCUUGACGUGAAUGAAGAUUUUAAGGGCGAUAAAAUCAAAUGUGCUAACAUGAUCGAGAAGGUCAAAGAGUUCUUGAGCACGCUAUGAACACCACCACAAAGAAAAGAUUGAAGACUGGAUGGCUUUUAAAGCAUAGACAAUGACAGUGUUCAAUAACUGAAAAGAAAAGAUAUUGGGGGGUUUUGGUUGUUGUUGUUUUUUUAAGUGUUGUGUAUUUAUCAGCAUUAAUGUGCACAAAUGAGAUUAUAAUGUAUGUCCACUGAUAACAAUGACAGUAAACUUGUUAUUUUUUUUUCCCACCGAUUGCACAAAAUCAAGUGUCACACGUGUUCUUUCUCCGCUCCAAAUGUUUCUUGGCACUCUGUGCAGCUCUUCCAGAAGAUGUCGCCAGUCUCCAUUAAAGCUGCUCGGCUAUUUCUGAGCGCUCAGCCUGCCUUUACCUGGUAGCUCCAAUAGGAUUUGACUAAAGCUAUCUGACAUUAGCUUCUUUCAUUUUUACUUUUAAUGCCUUUUUAAAAAGCACAGAGUAGAAUGGAUCACCAAGGUGGAAACAUCUCAUGACUUUUUUUUGUUUGCUUUUGCUCUUUUUGGCAGUUCCGGGUCCAAAAUAAAUACCCAUCCUCAGCAAGUGUUCAAAUGAAUUAUUUAAGUGUAACUUUUAGAAUGUUGUUA